AUGUACUUUGCCCAACCAGAGUCUUUACCUAGUUCCAGAUUCUUUCAGCAAUCCGAUAAAAUUCUAUUCAGGCUCCUGGGAGGGGACUAUGAGUAUAUUCAAAUGGUUUGA